AUGGUUGCCGGAGGCAUUCGGCCUACUCUGGCUGAGUUAGAACGCUUCCAUCAGACGCCAGAUGGUAACCAGUUAGCUCUUGCAGCCGCUCAUGCUGUUGAUACUUCUUUGGCCUUUUCUGACAAUGGUUUGCUUGGUUUGGAGCUUGGCAGCGGGGUCGGUGCUUCCAAUAAUGCUGAACUGGUCACGCAUUGCUUUGCACCUGGUGACGUGGUUGAGGUUUCUGAAGGUGAUCUGAAGAACCUUCGCGGCCGCGUCGUGUCUGUCGAUGGCAAUCGGCGUAUUAUUGUCCAGCCCAAUCACUCUGAUCUUCACGAGCCCAUCCCCUUUACGGCACUCGAGUUGAGAAAGUAUUUCAACCAGGGUGAUCAUGUUAAGGUGAUUUAA